CUAAUAUUUAUAUAAACAAACACAUGAGGUGGUGUUGUGGUUUUUUUAUUUUGGCAGAAAGAAUUGUACAUAAUAAUUAUGUAGUUAUUGACAUAGAUUAACAUAUAAGCUUUCUGAUAACUUUUGUUAAAGGGUUUAUGUUAGAGUAUGAAUUAUUUUACAGGAGGGUAGGAAAUGAUUCUUUAGGCAGAAAGUAACUAUGGAAAGAUUUAACUAUGAUGAUAAUUAUAGAAGAAAUUCUUCAUCCAAACAUAGUCACAGAAGGAGUUACCAUGGUGAAACAUCACACUCGUCUCGUCAUAGUGAUGGGACCAGAUCCUCAAACAGGGAGACAUCACCUAUUCGACAAGCCAGGCAUCAUACAUCAGAUAAUGACAGAUACUCUAAGGAUAAGGAUAAAACAUUUCAGUCUUCAGAUUCUAGUAAAGAUGGACAAAGCUUUUCAUUUUUAACGUAUCGUUAUGAACUCAGUCAUAUUUGGUUUAGUGACAAAUUCUGCUUUUUAGAUCAAGAAGACUUUUGGAAGUUUUUACGAAAAUAUGAAGCUGUUAAAAAGAAAUCGCAUGGUAAAGGCAAUAUUAGCACCACUUCGUGUGGCUCAGAAGGGGGCGACAACGCCCUGGGGCUCCCGGGGGCCUUCGACAAGGGCCACCUCCUGCGAGUGCAUGUGGCAUCCAGCGUCGACGACGACUACAAGCGCCUGCCGUCCCGGUCGCUGUCCCGGCAGCAGCUGGCCGAGUUCCGCGGCGUCCUGCACCUCUACCUCGACUUCCAGCAGCGGGAGAAGUUCGCCAAGCUCAAGAAGCUCCGCAAGAGCCAGGCCAGCCUUCCCGUCGCCCAGUUCAGGGAGGAGAUAGUGUCGUCAGUGCAGAAGAAUCGUGUGGUGGUCAUCGCCGGAGACACCGGCUGUGGGAAGUCCACUCAGGUUCCGCAGUACUUGCUGAAAGCCGGCUUCAACAAGAUAGUUUGCACGCAGCCGCGAAGGAUAGCUUGUAUUUCCUUGUGCAAGCGCGUGGCCUACGAGACGCUGAACGAGUACGGAACAGACGUCGGGUUCCAGAUACGCUUCGAGAAGAGCAAGACGCAGCACACCAGGAUCGUAUUCGUGACGGAAGGUUUGCUGCUGCGACAGGUGUCGACGGACCCUUGCCUGUCGGGCUACGACGUGGUGGUGCUGGACGAGGUCCACGAGCGCCACCUGCACGGGGACUUCCUGCUGGGGGUGGUCAAGUGCCUGCUGUACCAGCGCUCCGACGUCAAGGUGGUGCUCAUGUCCGCCACCAUCAACAUCCAGCUCUUCGCCGGCUACUUCGGGGACUACGCCGCCGUCGUCCAGGUGCCAGGCCGACUUUACCCCAUCAAGCUGCUGUACCAGCCCGUGUCGGCGGAAGAGAAGUCAUCCAAGUCAGCGAGGAUCAACCCGGCACCGUACGUGCGGAUCAUGCAGCUCAUAGACGAGAAGUAUCCGAGAGCGGAGAAGGGCGACCUGCUGAUCUUCCUGAGCGGCAUGAGCGAGAUCUCGACGGUGGUGGACGCUGCGAGGCAGUACGCGCAGCAGAACCAGGGCUGGAUCGUCCUGCCCCUGCACAGCACGCUCUCCAUCGCCGAGCAGGACAAGUGUUUCGACUACUCCCCUGACGGCGUGCGGAAGUGCGUGGUCUCGACCAACAUUGCGGAGACCUCCAUCACGAUCGACGGCGUGCGGUUUGUGGUGGACUCUGGGAAGGUGAAGGAGAUGAGCUACGACCCCGUGUGCAAGAUGCAGCGGCUCAAGGAGUUCUGGAUCAGCCGAGCGAGCGCCGAACAGAGGAAGGGUCGGGCGGGACGCACGGGACCGGGAGUUUGCUACCGGAUGUACUCGGAGGAGGAGUACCGGGCCAUGGCCCAGUACACGACGCCGGAGAUACUGAGGGUGCCGCUCGACUCGCUGCUGCUGCAGAUGGUCGCCAUGGGGCUGCCCGACGCGAGGAAGUUCCCCUUCAUCGAGUCCCCGCCCGCGGACAGCAUCGAGAACGCGAUCGUCACCCUCAAGCACCAGGGAGCGCUGACGGAGGACGAGAAGCUGACUGCGAUGGGCGGCAUGCUGGCGCGGCUGCCCGUCGACAUCAGCCUGGGCAAGAUGCUCAUCAUGGGCUCCUUGUUCCACCAGGUGGACCCCAUCCUGUCGCUGGCGGCCGCGCUCAGCGUCCAGAGCCCGUUCACCAACCGGUCCUACCGCGACCCCGACUGCGAGACGUCCAGGAAGGAGCUGGAGUCGGACCACGGGGACCCCGUGACGCUGCUGAACGCGCUGCGCGGCUGGCUGGAGGUGAAGCACACGGGGGGGGACUCCCGCGCGGGAGGCGGCUCGCGGCUCUGGUGCCGUCGGCGCGGCCUCGAGGAGCAGCGCUUCUACGAGAUGGUGAAGCUGCGCUCGCAGUUCCGGGACCUGCUGCAGGACGCGGGCCUGCUGAGGAGCGACGCGGUGCCCCCGGAGCAGAUGAGCAGCGCGGAGCGCGCCCUUCGGCACGGCGAGCUGCAGGCGCUGCGCGCCCUGAAGCGCUCGCACCGGGACGCCGCCCCGCAGCGCAGGAAGACCCUAAGGCCGGACGUGUGGGAGGCUUGCAUGGAGGGCGACGAGGAGCGCGACGGGCGCGCCGGCGAGGUCGACAUCAAGGACGUGGAGUUCCGCCUCAGCAACGACAGCUCCCAAGUCAGGAGCCUGGUGUCCGGUGCGACGGCCUGCAGCUACAAGGACGUCAUGAUGCUGAAGGUGAUCCUGUGUGCCGGGCUGUACCCUCAGCUGGCGGUGGCCGAUGAGUUCAACCACUCCAAGUCGGUGUCGGAGCAGCUGUUCCACACGCCGGGCAAGGCGUACGUGGCCCUCCACCCGACCGGGUUCUUCGGCAACCACCCGCAGGUGCUGCAGCUGGAGGAGUCGGACAUCGUCGUGCCGGACGGCUUCGGCUCCAAGCUGCCCGUCAGCUCGCGCCACCAGCUGCUGUGCUACAUGUCCUUGUUGGAGACGACGAAACCCUACUUGGUGACCACGAUGCGGAUGCCGGCCGCCCAGACGCUCUUGCUGUUUGCCCAGAGCAUUGACACCAACGUGGACUUCUCUCGGCUCGUAUGCGACUCGUGGCUGCAGCUGGAGUUCCCGGUGCCAGAGGCAGCCAUGACCUUGCUCCUGAAGGCCGCCAGGCUGCGCAACAAGUGGGAGCAGCUCCUCAAGCUACGCCUGCAAGACUCGGUGCCCAGCGUGGAGAACAAAGCGACGAGCGCGAUCGCGACGGCGAGGCUGGAGCGGGAGCUGUCCGAGGACCUGCCCCGGUUCAUGCACACGGAGGUGGUGUACACCUUGAAGCGGCUGCUGCCCGCCGACCUGAAGGGGCUCCACGCGGGGACCGGGCGGGGAGACGGCUGCUGGCCCGUCGGCCCCAACCCCUUCCACGAGUCCUGGGAGCUGUGCCCGCACCCGAUCAAGGGCGGCGUCCAGCUCGCCAGCUACCUCACCUUCGACUGCCUGGAGAGCAGAGGGGAGGAAGUGGAGUACGAAACUUGGCGUUGUCCGAAGUGCGAGCUGGUGGCGAGCUUCAGCAUGUUCGAGCAGCUCCAGCACAGGCACGCCUGCCAGGACGCACAAGAAGCAGAGGACGCAUCAAAGGCAGAAGAAGAUGAAAGCACAAUGCCUCGGAAACCAAACUCGGAACGAUUCAGCUGCGAACAAUGCAACAAAACGUAUUACUUCACACCCACAGAAAUAUUGAGACAUAAGAAGCAACACAAACAAUGACAAAAAUGUAAUAGACUAGUAUUGUAGUUUAAAAAAUUUAUUAAACUUUUGAAAACUUUA